UUGAUAGAACGCUACGCGCAAUCUGGAAGCUGGGUUUUCUCAUAGCCUUUAGAGCGAGCAGCCUGACUGUGGGAGGCGAGCACAUACGCAGCUGAGGCGCAAGCUGAACAUGAACUUCAAAUCUGAGAGCUAGCAGUUUAUUCAGCCAGGUGACUGAGUGUUGCGAAGGAGACGCGAUUUUCUGAGGGACUUCACUCAUACCUUGAUGCAUAAGGGCGGUGGUGUGGAUAUUCUUUGACCGCUCAUUUUCCUGAAGUGAUUGCUGUCUUUACCUCCACGACACGUGUGCGGACAUCUAAACCGGAGCACUUUUCAUUUUGGUUAUCAGACUCUAAAGUUCGGUUUUUAUUCGCUCCGAGGCGCUGUCAACGGACGGACGGACUGGACGCGGCUGUUCGGAGAAGGCAGUCUGUUUGCUGCGGAGUUCGACUCUUCCUAGGAUGGGGAAAAGUGUGAAGACUGCGAAAAGUAACAUUGGAGACGCGGGAUUCGUAUCGCGAAUGGUCUUCAUACCUGUGGUUUUGCUUAUGGUCCUGGUGAAUACAGGAAUCGCCCAAGGCCUGGUGGUGCGUGAGGCCAGCAUCGAGAUCACGCGGCAGCAGGUGGAGGAGCUGUUCGGCCUGGAGGACUUCUGGUGCCAGUGUGUGGCCUGGAGCUCAGCCGGCACCACCAAGAGCCGCAAGGCCCACGUCCGCAUCGCCUAUCUCAGGAAGACGUUCGACCAGGAGCCUCUCGGGAAGGAAGUCUCUUUGGAACAGGAAGUGCUUCUCCAAUGCCGCCCGCCCGAAGGCAUACCUGCUGCUGAGGUGGAGUGGCUGAAGAACGAGGAAGUCAUUGACCCCGCUGAUGACCGCAACUUUUACAUCACCAUCGACCACAACCUGAUCAUCAAGCAGGCCCGGCUCUCGGACACGGCCAACUACACCUGCGUGGCCAAGAACAUCGUGGCCAAACGGCGGAGCACGACGGCCACCGUCAUCGUCUACGUGAACGGCGGUUGGUCGACGUGGACGGAGUGGUCGGUGUGCAACACCCGCUGUGGGCGGGGGUACCAGAAACGGACGCGCAGCUGCACCAAUCCGGCGCCGCUGAACGGAGGGGCCAUCUGUGAAGGUCAGGCCAUCCAGAAGCUGGCCUGCAACCCGCUGUGUCCAGUGGACGGAGUGUGGACGGAGUGGAGCAAGUGGUCGACGUGCGGAACGGAGUGUGCCCACUGGCGGAGGCGCGAGUGCAACGUCCCGGCGCCCAAGAACGGGGGCAAGGACUGCGAUGGCACCGUGCUCCAGUCCAAGAACUGCACAGAUGGCCUGUGUAUGCAGAGUUCUUUCUAUGAGAAGUCCUCAGAGCCUAAAGAAAGGACUGAUGUUGGAUAUCCAUCGGCCCCGAGCACGGACGACGUGGCGCUGUACGUGGGCAUCGUCAUCGCGGUCAUCAUGUGCCUGGUCAUCUCCGUCAUCGUGGCGCUCUUCGUCUACCGCAAGAACCACCGCGACUUCCACUCCGACAUCAUGGACUCGUCCGCCCUCAACGGGGGCUUCCAGCCCGUCAGCAUCAAGACGGCGCGCACAGCUGAUCUCCUCACUGCUCCUCCUGACCUGACGUCCGCGGCGGCCAUGUACCGCGGCCCGGUCUACGCACUCCAGGACGUGGCCGACAAGAUCCCCAUGACCAACUCGCCCCUCUUGGACCCUCUGCCCAAUCUCAAGAUCAAGGUGUACAACUCGUCCGGUCUGGUGACGCCCCAGGAGGAGCUGUCGGACUUCACCAGCAAGCUGUCCCCCAAGCUGCAGCACUGCCUGCUGGACGGGGACACCAUGGGCCGGCGCACCCAGAGCCUGGUGCGCUCCAGAGACCCGUCCUGCACCGCCUUCGGCUCCUUCAACGCCCUGGGAGGACACCUCAUCGUCCCCAACUCAGGCGUGAGCUUACUGGUGCCGGCUGGAGCUGUUCCACAGGGACGUGUGUAUGAGAUGUUUGUGACUGUGCACAGGAAGGACAGCAUGAGGCCGGGGGUGGACGACUCCCAGACGGUGCUGAGUCCGGUGGUGAACUGCGGCCCCGCAGGUGCCCUGUUGACACGGCCCGUCAUCAUCACCAUGCACCACUGCGCCAAGACCGACCAGGACGACUGGCUCAUCCAGCUGCGCAGCCAAUCACAGCAGGGACACUGGGAGGACGUGGUCGUGGUGGGCGAGGAGAACUUCACCACGCCGUGCUACAUCCAGAUGGACGAGGAGGCCUGCCACAUCCUGACCGAGACGCUGGGCACCUACUGCCUGGUGGGCCAGUCCAUCAGCUCGGCCACCACCAGGCGGCUGAAGCUGGCCAUCUUCGGCCCGGUCACCUGCAGCGCUCUGGAGUACAACAUACGGGUCUACUGCCUGGACGACACUCAGGACUCCCUGAAGGAGGUGCUGCAGAUGGAGAAACAGAUGGGCGGCAAGCUGCUGGACGAACCAAAGACGCUCAACUUCAAGGACAGCACCCACAACCUGCGCCUGUCGCUCCAUGACGUCCCGCACACCCAGUGGAAGAGCAAGCUGCUGGCCAAGUACCAGGAGCUGCCGUUCCAGCAGGUGUGGAGUGGCUCCCAGAGGAACCUGCACUGCACCUUCACACUGGAGCGCCUGAGCUCCUGCACGGGGGAGCUGGCCUGCAAGCUGUGCGUGCGGCAGGUGGAGGGCGAGGGACAGAUCUUCCAGCUCAACGCCACGCUCUCGGAGGACACCCAGUGCAUCGACACCUCUCUGCUGGACCCGGCCAGCAACAUCACCACCCUGGUGGGGCCCAACGCCUUCCGCAUCCCCCUGUCCAUCCGCCAGAAGCUCUGCGGCAGCCUGGACGCCCCUCAGACGCGCGGCAACGACUGGAGGAUGCUGGCGCACAAACUCAACCUGGACAGGUACCUGAACUACUUUGCCACCAAGUCCAGUCCGACGGGGGUGAUCCUGGACCUGUGGGAGGCGCAGCAUUUCCCCGACGGCAACCUGAACCGGCUGGCGGCCGUGCUGGAGGAGAUGGGCCGCGUGGAGAACAUCGGGUCCAUGACCAUGGAGCACUGACCGCUGCUGCUGCCGACCGACCGCACGGGGGCUUCGAGCAGAAACCGGUUCCAUUGCAGGGAAGCUGGACAGCUGACAGGAAGAGAGAGGAGCAUCGAGUCUGAUGUUACAUGCACACAAACACGCAUAUACACACACACACUCUCACACACACCUCCACGCACACUCACACACUCACAAACUAAGACAGAGCCCUGAACAAGCAGUAACAAAACUCCCAUCCUGAAUAUGUUGAGAUAAAACUCGAGACGAAAAUUGUGCAGGAUAGAAAUCUCAGCGCGAGAGAAUAGAUUGCUUUGAUCCAUUCAUAUGUAAAACAAAUGGACUUGAAUAGCGGUGGUGGGGGAACGAAAUGAGAGGGGAGAAAGUAAUGACUUAACUAAAAGAGAGAAAAAAAAAAGCCCUGGCUGUACGAUUCCUGGUACAGUUUUCUAUUUCCCAAUACAGUUUCCUAGGAAACGCAUGUCUCUGCUGUCCAUUUAUUGGACCUCCUACUCCACCUUUACAGGAAGCGUAGGCAAAUGAUUGACAGGCGAGGGUGCGGGGCAGGGCGGGGCUUCAACACGUGGGCAGAAUCAGGGGAUGGUGGCACCCGCUGGAGCUGGCAGAGGAAAAGUGGGAAGAUGGGAAACAAGAAACAGGUGCUACAGUGGGCACCCGAAUGCCAGCUUGCGCCAUCUCCUUCUGCCACAUGCCUGAUGCAGUGCUUAUGGUUUCUCCUCCCCUACAUCACAUUUACGUUGGAAUAACCUGAAAGUACUCCAGUCCUGAUUUUAUAUGGAUAUAUAUUUAAUAUUGCCUUUAUUUAUACACACGUAACUCUCCCAUGGUUUGAUUUUUGUGCGGCUUCAUAUAUUAGCCUAAUUUACACAUGUCUUCUUGAUUUUUGGUUUUCUUUCUUGGCUGUUUGUGUAGUGUUUUUUUUUUUUUUUUUUUUUUAAAUCAUUAUUCCUUGGACACAUUUUUUUUCAUUGCUUCAUAGUGCCACCUAGUGGAUAUCCUCAGCAACAGCAAGGCUCUGCCACCUCGUACUGUAGGCAACCAAUUGGGAGUGUGCAGCCUGUAAAUAAGCCAGUACAUCAUCAAUUGUACAGCGGUGUAGAACUAAUGAUUAUGACCAUUCUUUUCUUGUGUUUUGGUUGUCAUGGUGAUCAGUAACUAUAGCUGCGAUUUAGCAACAGAAGUAACUACCAAAAUCUGUUCUUUGCAAGUGUGUUUGUCCUGUCCGAGUCGCAAGAUACCAGCAGAAGCGGUCAAUUUUCUCGGUCACCAAUUAAAAUGGAGGUGACACGAAAGGCUUGAUUUCUGUGCUGUGCCGUGAGUUCAACAUGACCAGUUUUUUGCAGCCACAUUUUGAACCAAUUCCACCAUUCGCUCCUUUUGACACUGUUUCAACACCAUCCAUAUUUGUUUGUCUUGUUGAUAAUAAUCAUAUGAAGAUGAUGAUAAUAUCAACUGUAUUUGAUUGUAAUUCAGUGAUAAUUUCUCUGUUGCUGUUGUUGAUGCUUUUGAAACAACUUGACAUCUUUGUUCAAAAACACAAAUGCAAAAUGGAUGAUUUACAGUAGGUGUGUAUAGAGAUUUGUGUGCUAGAGCUGGACAACGUUUAAAAGAACGUUUUAUAAACCUGCUGUGUCGGAUUCGUGGAGGUGUUAACGGGAUUACAGACUUCACCUCCUCUUCUUAGAGACCUCUCUGUUCCAAUACACAGAGAAAACUAGGCCUGUGAGCAUACGAGUCAGCAGAAAGAGACUGAUGAUGAUAGAAUGCAGUGGAUAAUUGAAAGUUUCAGCCUUUUUUUCACAGGAUGAAACAAGUUUGUGACUAGACUGGUUUAAAAAAUAAAAAAAAGUAUUUGUAUUUUUUUUGGUUCCUUUUUCUCUCUUGUACAAGUUUCUAAAAGCUGUCUAUGCAAACUUGCCAUCAUUUAUAUUCUGAAAUGUACAUGCAUCAAAGUGCUAGCAGUUGCAUUCCAUAGAUGUCACAGCUCUUGAUUGUGAACGUUAUAUUUAUGGUGGGGAUGUUACCUAUUCUUUUAUGGCACGUUCAUGAUGUUCCUUGCAACAGCUUGCAUUUUUUUCUCUUUGUGAAGUUUCUGUACAAAAUGUAAGAAAGAAUUUUUAAACUGGUAAUAAAUUAUAUUUAUAUGCAACACUGAA